GAGGGCUAUCUUUACACAUACUUUCCUGCUAUAAUUAUUUCUGAGAAUUAAUAUGUACUUUAUUUAUUACGGAAUUGUUUCGUACUACGUAAUUUCACAUAAUUAUGCAUUAAUUACACAAAACUAGACUUUCUUUAGUAAACGUAAUAAACUUGUAAUUACCGGUAAUGCUUCUGCGCAAGUGAAAGAAAGUGUGACACGUAAUUACGCGUUACAUAGUAAUGACUGGAAACCCUAUUUACAUGAGAAAUAACAUUUUUACAUAUAUAGGUUACAUCUUUAUAAUACACCUUAAAACAAAUGAAUUUGAUUUUCUGUCAUGAUGGUUUAGAGGAAUUUCUUAGGUUUGAUUUUCAGUCCCCUAAGUGCCCAUCUUUAAAAAACCGUCCUGUGUGUCCCAAUCUUUUAAUAAUCUGGUCAAUUUUCUAACAGAAAUUUUACAAUUUUACUUUGUUACAUUUUCCAAGAUUACAUUUUCAAUCUCUCUAGUGAAUGAGUAUGAUCUAAAGCCAAGAAGCUGGACAAAUUAUGUUUUUAUUAUCAGAUCUUUUAUGUUAAUUAUCAAAUUUUUAUCUUGAUGACAUAGAAAGUAUUUUUUCCUCUUUCCAGACUGUAAAAUGGGUUUGUCAAAGAUGAAAAUUUUGACUUGGUUGCUUUUCUGUUUAGAUGUGUUGACUAAGAACUGUACUGUUGGAGUUCAUGUUGGGAAAUCCUUCACUGAAGCAGUUGGUUUAAAAACCUUCUAUGCUCCAUAUACAACAAAGGCCUUGAAUCUUCAAGAUUGUUUGUUCCAGUAUGUGGCUUUACCACACUGUGAUAUCGUUGAAUUCCAGAAUGAUCAGUGCACUAUGGGUCAAAAAAUUGGUUAUUUCAACAGAGAAAGUUUUAAUUCUUCUAAUGCUUGGGAGAUGUCAAGACCUUCAGGUUGUAUUCCCCAUCACUGCUUGGAAGACAGAGUUAAACGUACAGAUUAUGCCUUAGCAGGAGUGCUAGUAGAUUCUGCCUAUAAAUGUGGAUGUAUUUGUGUCUCGACCAGGGGAUGUACUAACUUUAAUUGGAGUAAAACAGAUACCAAAUGUUACUUGAAGAAUUAUGUGAAUGCACCUGUUGUAGACUCAAAUAUGAUAUCUGGGGUUCUCGACUGCUAACAACCUGAACAAGAUAAUAAAUGUAAUAUUUUUU